GUGGUAGCAGCCUCAGCGGAAACUACCGGAUAUAUAUAUAUAUAUCUAUCUUUCUAUUUGGAACCACGACAGUCUCUCUCAUUGCCCGACAGGAUUGAGAUGUUACAUUUCAGGUGUUCGACAGUGCUGAAGGAGUUGUUUGAAGCCAGCCUGAAGCGUCCCUUGUCCGGCUCUAGACAGAAGAGCUGGUUGCCGACCCGCCACUGCUACUUCGGCGCCGCCUCCGUUGACGCCAGAGCGGUCUCCACUCAGCUGAGGCUCCUCUAUGCCGCUCCGCAUCGCCCGCCGCCGCGCACCGCGCACCGCGCCGCCCCGUUCCGCUCUUACUGCACGAAAACGGAGGGUGCCGUGGAGCUGGACGAACAGCUGAAGAAGGAUGGCGAAGCGUCCAGCGACAAGAGAAUAAAUGCAAACGUCCUCCCCAGUUUGGAAGACCUGCUCUUCCACACAGUCGCAGAAGGUCAAGAGACGAUCCCUGCCCAUAAAUUUCUUACAGCGCUUAAGGCCACCGGGCUUCGCACUGGAGAUCCCAGACUGAAGGAAUGCAUGGACACCCUCAAAGAAACUCUAAGGAACACAACAGAUGGCGUUACGCUGGACAAGCACCUAUUCAAGAAGUGUGUCCAGAGCAACAUUGUCCUGCUCACUCAGGCCUUCCGCAAGAAGUUCGUCAUCCCAGACUUCCAGUCCUUCACCUCCCAUAUUGAUGAGCUGUAUGAGAGUGCCAAAAAACUCUCUGGAGGGCAGGUUGCCGACUAUAUUCCUCAGCUUGCCAAGUUCAGCCCCGACCUGUGGGCCGUCUCCCUGUGCACAGUUGAUGGGCAGAGGCACACAGUAGGAGACACCAAGGUCCCCUUUUGUCUGCAGUCCUGUGUCAAACCCCUGAAGUAUGCCGUGGCCGUUCAUGACCACAGCACAGAGUAUGUGCACAGUUUCAUUGGGAAGGAGCCCAGUGGCCUGCGCUUUAAUAAGCUCUUCCUGGAUGAAGAUGAUAAGCCCCACAACCCCAUGGUUAAUGCUGGCGCUAUUGUUUGUACUUCACUGAUUAAGCAAGGUGCAAGCAACGCUGAACGAUUUGACUAUGUCAUGAACUUUCUGAAAAAAAUGGCAGGAAAUGAGUACGUGGGUUUCAGCAAUGCCACAUUCCAGUCUGAGCGUGAGUCAGGAGACAGGAACUUUGCCAUCGGCUACUAUCUGAAAGAAAAAAAGUGUUUCCCAGAGGGGACAGAUAUGACAUCAGUACUGGACUUCUACUUUCAACUGUGUUCCAUCGAGGUGACCUGCGAGAGCGCCAGUGUCAUGGCAGCCACCCUGGCUAACGGCGGCAUCUGCCCCAUCUCGGGUGAGCGCGUGCUGAACCCCGAGGCAGUGAGGAACACCUUGAGUCUGAUGCACUCCUGUGGCAUGUACGACUUCUCAGGACAGUUUGCCUUCCAUGUCGGUCUGCCAGCCAAGUCUGGAGUAGCGGGGGGGAUCCUGCUGGUCGUACCCAACGUGAUGGGCAUUAUGUGCUGGUCACCUCCACUAGACAAACUGGGCAACUCAGUCAGAGGAAUACAGUUCUGCACGGACCUCGUGGAGCUCUUCAACUUCCACAACUACGACAACUUGAGGCACUUUACCAAAAAGCACGACCCACGCAGAGAAGGAGGGGACCAGCGGCAGUUCUCCUUCGGACCCAUGGAUUACGAGAGCCUCCAGCAAGAGCUCACUCUGAAAGCCCCCCUUUGGAAAAAGGUGUCCCCCACUGAGUCGCACGAGGACAGCUCCACCACUGUAGUCUAUAGGAUGGACAAUGUCACCGAGAGAAAUUAAAUAAAUAAAAAAGAAGGGAGACCCACCUCUCCCCCACCUACACUGAUCUCUCUCCCCACCUCUUGCACAAAUGCCACCACCUUUCCUUACCCUCGAAUAUGUAUACAUAAAUUAUGCAGAAGAUUAUUUAUUGCCUGUGAAGGAGUUGGUGUGUGGACAAACAGAGAAGCUUCUUUUGUUUUUAUUUGUGUUUGGGGGAAAAAUGGGAUGGGGUUGCUGCUUAAUUUUGCUCUGAAUUCCAAAUUAACCCUUAAGCCUCCACCUGCUUGUUGCGUGCGUGCGCAUGUGUGUGUGUGUGUAUAUGUAUAUGUGUAGGACCAGGUGCACAGGUUGUGCCCUAUCACCCCUUUUUAUUGAAAUGUGUUUUUGACAGCAUCCUCU